AUGUCCAUCCCCAACGAGGCACUGCAGAAGAUCCUGCAAGAAAUUGAAGCUCGGGCAAUCGCCUCCCAGCAACAGAUUGGAGUGACCAAGGCCCAGAUCACAACGAAGCAGCGAGACAUCCGCAUGUUGCAGCUGACAUCCAAAGAGCUGGCUGGUCUUCCCUCAGAAACCCCAGUGUACGAGGGUGUUGGAAAAAUGUUCGUCAAUGUCCCCAUGGACACGGUGAACAAGCGACUCACCCGCGAGAGUGCCGAGGCCGCCUUGGAUAUCACGAACCUGGAGAAGAAGCUGCACUACCACGAGACCACGCAUAAGAAUAGCCGCGAGAACUUGGAGCAGAUUUUGAAGUCGGGCGGGCGUGCAUGA